AGCGAAACUUGCGGGCCUUCUUUUCAGCUACAAUCCACUCAUACGGCUCUAUUAUCCUACUAAAGUUGGACCGUCCAUCUGAUUCCUACGGCUCAGAUUUGUGGCAAAUCGUACUCGUUGAUAGUAUUUGCUUUGUGUAGGGCGAAACCGGUGGCAAAGGAGGGAAGGAAGGUCUUGCAAAGGUGAAUUGGAUUUGGAGGCAGAGAUCUCUCUCUGUCUCUUUCUGCGGAAACAGAGACUCAUAGAUCUCUUUCUCUGAUCAACAAUGGGUUUGUGGGAAGCAUUUCUCAAUUGGCUCCGAAGCCUCUUUUUCAAGCAGGAAAUGGAGCUAUCUUUGAUAGGACUCCAGAAUGCUGGAAAGACGUCACUUGUAAAUGUUGUUGCAACUGGUGGAUAUAGUGAAGACAUGAUCCCAACGGUAGGAUUCAAUAUGAGGAAGGUAACGAAAGGGAAUGUCACCAUAAAGUUGUGGGAUCUUGGAGGUCAACCUAGGUUCCGCAGUAUGUGGGAGCGAUACUGUCGUGCAGUUUCUGCUAUAGUUUAUGUUGUUGAUGCGGCAGAUCCCGACAAUGUGAGUAUCUCAAAAAGCGAGCUGCAUGAUUUGCUGAGCAAAUCUUCACUGAGUGGUAUCCCACUACUAGUGCUAGGGAACAAGGUUGACAAGCCAGGAGCUCUGUCUUUACCGGCUUUGACUGAUCAAAUGGGACUCAAGUCAAUUACUGACAGAGAAGUUUGUUGCUACAUGAUCUCAUGCAAGAAUUCCACAAACAUUGAUUCAGUUAUUGAUUGGCUUAUAAAGCAUUCCAAAUCAAAGAGCUGAGUGGGUUUUCUGUUUUAUUUUGGUUUUGUGUGUUAUAUUUUCUCCUUGGUGGUGGGGCUGUCUAAUCUGGUUGCUGAUUGUUUUGUCAAUGUUAUUAUUAUUAUUAUUAUUAUUAUUAUUAUUAUUUUUCCUGAGAUGCUAUGCGUAAGGUACUGUAUAUUUCUUCCUACCUAAUUGAGGAUUACGAGAUUUUGGUUUGAUCUC